CAUUCAAAUCUCAUCGAUCCCCUCUCCCGAAGCUCACAAGAUGCUCUCUCUUCCUCCAUCAAUGUAGCUCCCUCCUAGCUGCCCCGUGCCUUGCAACUCCAAGAACUAUGUCCUCCUUGCUGCUUCAAUCUCCGGGGCCUCGCCUCCUCCCGACCGCCCCGUCGAGCCGACGGCACCUGCAAUGUAAAGAACAUCUCUUGUUGCCCCGGAGGCGGCCAAGGGUGCGGCUCGGCGCGCGCAUGGCCGAGACGGCCUGGGUCGAGAGCGGCUGCGAUGGGGCGUCGCCGGAGGUCGGCGUUUCCGUGGAGAGUGACCCGAUUCUGGGAAGGGAGGAGUCGCCCGGCCAGAGAAGGGAGGCGAGCCUGUGGGAGCCCGUCGAGGCGGCGCUGAACCGUAUGAGUAAAUGGCUGGUGGUCGGUUGUUUUACUUUAGCUGCUCUUUGGAAGCAUGAUGCUGAAAUUAUCUGGAUUACGUUGGGUGCCGUUGCCAACUCUCUGCUUUCAGUGAUUCUGAAAAGGAUGCUAAACCAUGAAAGACCUUCAUCAGCUUUGCGGUCUGAUCCUGGGAUGCCAUCGUCCCAUACACAAUCCAUUUUCUAUUUUGCGAUCGUCCUAAUUCUUUCAUUAUAUUACUGGAUUGGGACAAAUUAUCUGACCGUGAUUCUUGGGCCUGCAACUCUGUCAGUGUCGGCCUAUCUGUCAUGGUUACGGGUGUCCCAGCGCCUUCAUACACUAAACCAGGUCAUGGUGGGAGCUGCUGUAGGAUCUGCUUUCGGUGCUCUAUGGUUUGUGCUCUGGCAUUCACUUGUACAAGUGGCAUUCGCCGCUUCACCGUUGGUCCGGAUUGUAGUCAUCCUCGGAUCAUCAGUAUCUUUUGGCUUUGUCAUCUACGCGAUACGUCAGUGGCUCAAGGAUGAGUGAUUGUACUUCAUGGCUGCAAGCCUGCGAUGGGAGAUUGAUAGGCAUAGGCAUUAGGAACCAAUUGUUAGCAGACUGUUUUGCCUGGACUUUGGAUUAUCACACUGGAGACUAUUCUCAAGAGAGCUUAUGAGUCAUGAUGGUUCAAAAGCCCACGGGAGCAAAAAUUCAUUUCUAAUAUAUAAUCAUUUUUAUUUACCAAUGCGGAAAAGCUCCUCCAUGUGUAGUAGCAAAAAAUUAAACUUUUUGUUUACUUUUCUUUUUACGCCUUUUUCCGUGGAUUUUAGUUUUGACUGAGUAUUAAUACUUUGUUGCUUCCGUUCUGUUCUGGAAAAAAACAUAGAGCACGUG